CUUUACCAAAGUCCAAACAAAAAGACCAGAGCUCGAGGCAAAGGGCAGAAUUUGUUUAGCCAUGGAAGCUUGUCUCGAACUCAACUUUCGUCCCCGCAUCUUCACUUUCCCAAGCUCAAAACCUCAAGGCAAGCGGCUGAACCAAGCUUCGCUUAAUCUCGGUUUCUGUGGUUCGUCAUUUACUGGGGUUGCGCGUGUAUCUCUUAAAGCAGCUUCAGAAUGCAGAAGGCCUUUUCUGACAAGAAAUGUUCCCUUUUUGUCGAAUCCGAAGAAGGGGCUAACCUUUCUUUCAUGUGACCAAGUUGGACAUGACUGUGUGAAUCCUAAGGCAACACCUGAAGAAAAUAUGAGUGCUGAACUUUCUAUGCCAAUGCCGGAUGGAUGUGAAAUGUUUCAUGCUUUGCGUGAUUUGAAUGAGCAUGAAUUGUUGCAUCAGCAGAGACCUAGGGCAUUUAAUAACCGGUUGUUGAACUUUGUGAAGAUGGGUUCAGUGGUUGAUAAUGCCGUUGAGUCGUUUUUCAAGAGCGAGAUACGUAGAAGGCUUUUUGUGACUGCUGUCUUGAUCUUAAUUAGUCGUGUGGGGUACUUCAUUCCGAUUCCUGGGUUCGACAGGAGAUUGAUUCCCCAGAAUUAUCUUGGUUUUGCCUCGGGACCAGUGGAUGAAUUUGGUGAUCACUCACAAGAAGUUAAGCUAUCUAUUUUCCAACUUGGAAUAAGCCCUCAGAUUGGAGCAUCUAUUCUCAUGCAGAUACUUUGUCAUAUUCUUCCUUCCUUGGUCAAACUGCGAAAAGAAGGCUUAGGUGGUCAUGAGAAGAUCAAGAGCUAUAUAUGGUGGAUCUCACUUGGUUUUUCCAUUUUUGAGGCUUUGGUUCUUUCCUUUUAUUCUCUUCCGUAUUCCAUACAUGCAGCUGGUCAGAGGGCAAAGCAUGUGAUGGUUACUACUUUAUUCUUGGUGUGUGGUGCACUAACUAUGACAUGGAUUUCUGACAAAAUAACAGAUCAUGGCUUUGGUCAAGGAUCAUCUUUGAUUAUAUGUGUGGGGAUUCUCACUGGCUACACAGAUACACUGUACAAGAUGAUAAACCAACUCUCAGGAAAUGUUAGUAGCUGUUGGCCUUUUAUACUUGCAGUAGUGGGAGUUUUCACAGUUGUUACAAUGUGGGCUGUUGUCGUGACGGAAGGUUGCAGGAAAGUGAAGCUUCAGUAUUAUAGCUCCAGAGCUGCUUCGACCACUAGUCAAAUUCCAGGAGAUUCUGACGUUGAGCCUUACAUACCAUUCAAUAUAAAUCCAGCUGGGAUGCAACCUAUUCUUGCUACCUCUUAUCUCUUUGCCUUCCCUUCAAUCCUUGCAAGCAUCCUUGGUUCACGGUUUUGGAAGCAUGUGAGUGAUGCUUUAAAUCCUGAAACUUCUCGUGGAGCAGAGCCAUGGGUUUACUACACAUUAUACGCGUUCUUUGUCUUUCUGCUCAACAUAUUUGACAUAGCCAACAUGCCAAAGGAAAUAUCUGAUUACCUAAACAAGAUUGGUGCUAGAGUUCCCAAUAUUAAGCCCGGAAGAGCCACAGUUGAAUACUUGACAAAAAUCCAAGCAUCCACACGGUUAUGGGGUGGUGUCAUGCUAAGUAUAUUGGCUACUACAUCUACCAUUCUUGACCAUUAUUUACGGAGAGUAAACAAUGGGUUUUCAAUAGGAUUUACAUCAGUUCUAAUAAUUGUUGGAUCAAUCAUUGAACUCAGAAGAUCGUAUCAAGCGUAUGAUGUAAUGCCCGGUCUAAGUAAGGCGCUGAAGCGUUAUGGUGUAUAAUAUUUGGGGAGACAACUUUGGAGACGUCUGUUGCUUCCGAGCUGAAAUGGUUUUCAUGCACAUCAAACUCAAAAGGAGAAGCUAAAUAUGGAGAGAAAAUGUAACCAUAAGGUAAUUAACCUGAUCUGGUGUACUAUUUUGGUAUGUGGAUGGUUCAUGCUUCCUUCCUUCAAGAUCCUUGCAUGUAUCUUAGCUUCUCCAUGGACUGACUUUGCACUUGCAUGGAAUUGGUAAUAUAGUGAUGUGUUAUUAUUUUUUAUUUAAACAUUUACUCUUAUAGAAAAUACCAUGGGUUCUUUUUAACAUCAGUGAAAGCGUGUGUUCCCACAUCAAACUAAAAUGUAUACAGGAUA